AUGCGGACACUGCGAAGCUUGGUCACUGCCUCGCUUACGAAGGGAUUGCAGAGGCGGCGAUGGUCUCCGCACUCGUGCGAGCCAUUGUGGUUUGGUACAUCUCACCCGUCCAGCAGCAGCAGAAGCUGCGGCAGUGUUAAGAACGACUCUCCAGAGACACCAGCAAAAUCCGCCAAAGAGGUGGAUCCGGAGGUGAUGAGAAAUAUCCAAAAUCUCAUUGAGGGACUGGCAUAUAACAGCCCUGCGGCUUUGAAGGACCUCUUUGAGUUGAGUUGCGAGCAGUUCAUGAAGUACGGCCACCGUCGUUCGGAGAGUCAAAAACACCUUGAGGUCAUGGAAGAGUCUUUCAGAACGAGAGCCAGACAAAUCAUCAAAAAUAGAACGGAUGAAGGCCCUCUUCAGGAUGGAUUGCUGAAGAGCUUGGAUGGCUGCUACCAGAGCCUUGAGAUCUUGCAGGGGCGGCUGGACGAUGUUGUGAACGCCAAGCAUCGCGUCGACGACGAGGAGGUUGAAGGUGAUGAACACGAGCCCAUCGUUGUGAAAGACUCGAAGGAGUGGCACGGCACGGAGGCGCAUCCCUGCCACCAGCGCUGGGUGAUGGAUGCUGAGGUGGACUACCAGAGUGAACUCCAAAGAACUGAGCGAAAGGGGAGGAUUCUGGAUGUGGAGACGAGUAUCCUCUUGAGCAACUUGCCGGAUCCCUGUGAGGAGGAGAUGGUGAAGGCUAGUCUCACUGCUUGCGGUGAAAUUGCCCAUGUUGAGAUCUGCAAUGAGUGGAAGGAGAUGGUUGAGGCAACAAGGGAAGGCCCGGACACCAUGAUGAUGAAGGACGGAGAACUGGUGCGGAAGCCUCCUCCCAAGUAUUCCUUGUCCUAUGCUUUGAUCGAAUUCAAAGAAAUUGCAGGAAGACAGAGAGCCAUGAGGAAACUGUGUCGCUUGCACGGCAUCCUCAUCAAUGAGGUGCAGAGAGUUAAACUUUCGAAGCAAUGGAGUUUCCAAACCGUGGCGCGGCCCACCUAUCCGCAAGAUCUCCGUUUGAAGAGGUCCUUACUGCUUCGCGGUUUGCCAAUUCACAUGGAUCCCUCAGAGGUCCUACAGGCCGUGCUCCGUCGCCUGACUUCGGCGCGCGGAAAGCUGCUGAACUGUCGCGCCUUCCGAGUGAGAGGCGGCGGUCCGUUACAGCGCCUGGAGGUUCAGGUGGGUCCUGAUGGAUGUGAUGUUGAUCAAGAGCCUCCGGAGCUGAGCCCAGCGGCCGACCAUGAGACCUUGGACGACACUCUCCGAUGUUGCCCAGCGGGCAAUGGCGGUGAAAUGGUGCUGCGCUUCAAGAACUUUCAGGAGGCCUACAUCUCUCGAGAACGCUUGCAAGCUUUGGAGCUGGGAGGCCGCCGCGUCUUCGUGGGCUUUCCGCCCUGGCGGCCGCAAGCCGUGUGGAGCGAUUGCAGGGGCUAUGACUUGGAAGAG